AUGGAUUCCUGUACCAAUAAGCUCUACCAUGUGCAUGGGUUUGAUUCCAGAUUACAUCUGGAGAAUUACUUUUCAGAUAAACCUGAAAUGGUCUUUGCAGAGGAUUCCUUGGUAUUUCCUGUUUCAAUAUUUGAAUUUUUUUUUUCCACAGGUCAUAUUAAUGGAGAUAUACUGAUUGACCUCAGCCCUGGUUCUCUGAUUCAUCAUUUAUAUUCAGCCUGUGAUUUUUUCAAAAACAUCAUAGUGCUGAAACCCAAUGACAGAUGCAUUUUGGAGUUAAAAAGAUGGGUGGACACACGUACAGGAGCAUUUGAUUGGGGUCAUGCCACAAAACUGCAUGUAAACAUGGAAGAAAACAGCGACCAGUUUCAAGAAAAAGAAGAAAAAGUGAGAUCAGCAAUUCAACGUGUGAUGAAAUGUAACCUUGAUGAAGAAAAUAUAACAGAUCCAAUAGUGUUACCACCAGCAGAUUGCAUCAUCAGUGCUUGUCUUCUAGAUUUUAUCAGCAGAGACCAAGAUGAUUACAUCAAAUAUCUCAAGAAGGUCUCAAGCUUGCUGAAACCUGGAGGACAUCUCAUAUUAAUUGGGCUUAGAGACGUAACAUACUAUACAGUCGGGAAAGAAAGGUUCCAGGCUUUUACUUAUGAUGAGGAGUUUGUUAGGAAAGCUCUAGCUGGAGAAGGGUUUGUCAUUGAUGACUAUAAGUCUAAGAAGAGAACGGCUGAGAGUGAUCUUGUUGAUUAUAAAGAAGUCCUAUUCAUUGUAGCUCACAAAGAGAAAUAA